AGCUCCGCCUUAGGGAUCAGUGGGGAAGGUGUUGUGUGGAUUCGACGGGCGGCACACGGGCGCUCGAAGCUACCACAGGUAGCCCCUCCUUCUUCUCUGCCGUUUCCCCAGCUCCGGCCCCGCCUCGUUAGGCGGACGGGGGUGGGGUGGGGGAAGAGAUGGAGGGGCCGCGGCCAGCGUAAUGCUGGGAAGAGGAAAUGGGGAAACGCUCCCAGGCAGCAAAGGCGACGACAGCAGCGCCCGGCGAGGUCACGAACUCUGACCUUUCAUCAGAAGAUGCCAAUUCCCCCCCCAAACAAACAAUAACAGACAACUGUUCCAGCCCCCCUUCUCUUCUGAGCAGGACACGUUAACUCCUUUGGUGCCGCUUUCGCCGCCUGCCUUCCUCCCCCCCCCUUGACGGGCCAGAGGUUGGGGGAGAAAUCCAGGCCCGGCCGGACCGUUACGAGGCAACCACCGCUGGGUUCGUUUGGCGCCAAUUCCUGAGGUUCUCUAAUGAUCUUCCUUCACCAUGACAACCAGUAUGGAGGUGCUGGCUCAGCAGAUAGUGGAGACACAGCAGGUGGCUGAGGUUUACAGCCUUAGGAAUGCUUUUGGAUGCUCGGGUUUCAGCGAUGGCCAGGAACCCUUCUCACCAUCUUCAUCUGAUCUUUGCUGAAGAACAAUGUAAAUAAAGCUGCAGAAGGAUUUGACACUGUGCAAACUGUUCAAACAACAUUAUCUGAAUCUCCAGUGAUGACCAGCCCUUCCCAACGCAUCCAGAUUAUCUCCACAGAUUCUUCUGUAGCUUCACCACAGCGUAUUCAGAUUGUCACAGAUCAGCAGACAGGACAGAAAAUCCAGAUAGUGACAGCAGUGGAUUCAUCAGCAUCCCCAAAGCAGCAAUUUAUAUUGGCUAGUCCAGACGGAACAGGAACAGGGAAAGUGAUAUUGGCUGCACCUGAGGCUUCUAAUACAAAGCAACUUAUCUUUACCACCACAGAUAACAUUGUGCCAGGCAGAAUACAGAUUGUGACUGACUCUGCCUCUGUGGAACGUUUGUUGGCUAAAACUGAUGUCCAGCGACCACAAGUAGUAGAAUACUGUGUUGUCUGUGGAGACAAAGCUUCAGGUCGUCACUAUGGUGCUGUCAGUUGUGAAGGAUGCAAAGGCUUCUUUAAAAGGAGUGUGAGGAAAAAUCUGACCUAUAGUUGCCGUAGCAACCAAGACUGUAUCAUCAAUAAACACCAUCGGAAUCGCUGCCAGUUUUGUCGACUAAAAAAAUGCCUUGAGAUGGGAAUGAAAAUGGAAUCUGUACAAAGUGAAAGGAAGCCUUUUGAUGUACAGCGUGAGAAACCAACCAACUGUGCUGCUUCAACAGAAAAAAUCUAUAUCAGAAAGGACUUGAGAAGUCCUCUAAUAGCAACCCCAACUUUUGUGGCAGACAAAGAUGGGGCUAGAUCAGCUGGCCUUCUUGAUUCAGGGAUGCUUGUGAAUAUCCAGCAACCACUAAUUCGGGAAGAUGGCACAGUGCUCCUGGCUACAGAUUCCAAGGCUGAGACAAGCCAAGGUGCGUUGGGAACACUAGCAAAUGUUGUAACUUCACUUGCCAGCCUCAGUGAGUCAGUUAAUAAUGGAGACACUUCUGAAAUUCCGCAAGAAGACCAAUCUGCAAGUGAGAUCACUCGUGCAUUUGAUACUUUGGCUAAAGCACUUAACACCACAGAUGGAGCAGCAGCUCAGAAUCUGGCCGAUGGGAUGGAUCCGACAGGCGGUGGGAACAUUCAUGUAAUCAGUAGGGAUCAAUCUACACCAAUCAUUGAAGUUGAAGGACCCCUCCUGACAGAUACUCAUGUGACAUUUAAGUUAACCAUGCCGAGUCCAAUGCCAGAAUACCUGAAUGUGCAUUACAUUUGUGAGUCAGCAUCCCGCUUACUUUUCCUGUCCAUGCACUGGGCUAGAUCCAUUCCUGCUUUUCAAGCACUAGGGCAGGACUGUAAUACAAGCCUUGUGCGUGCCUGCUGGAAUGAAUUGUUUACGUUAGGCCUUGCACAAUGUGCACAGGUGAUGAGUUUGUCAACUAUCCUGGCAGCUAUUGUCAACCACCUGCAGAACAGCAUACAGGAAGAUAAACUUUCCGGAGACCGAAUAAAACAAGUGAUGGAACACAUCUGGAAACUUCAGGAGUUCUGUAACAGCAUGACUAAGCUUGAUAUUGAUGGAUAUGAAUAUGCUUACCUUAAAGCUAUAGUCCUCUUUAGUCCUGAUCACCCUGGCCAGACAAGCUCCAGCCAAAUAGAAAAAUUCCAGGAGAAAGCUCAGAUGGAAUUACAAGACUAUGUUCAAAAAACUUAUCCAGAAGAUACUUACAGGCUAGCCCGGAUUCUAGUUCGCCUGCCAGCACUUAGACUAAUGAGCUCUAGCAUUACUGAAGAACUCUUUUUUACUGGGCUCAUUGGAAAUGUUCCAAUUGACAGCAUCAUCCCCUACAUCCUGAAAAUGGAGACAGCAGAAUAUAACGGCCAAAUAACAGGCUCAUCCUCAUAGAAGGGGUCAGUGCAUCCUCAUAGAUCAUCUGAGCAAUCAUAAUUCAUUGAUUAACUUUGAUUGUGUGUAUAAAUAUUUCCAACAAGUUCCAUUUUUUGUUAAACUUUUGAAAGACAAGCAUUGGGGAAAAAAACUGAAAAAAACUUCUUCUAUGACCUGUUUCUUCCAGAAGGAUGAAAGGGUUACAGGGACUUGCUGAACAAGCUUUUUAUUUGGAAAUUAUAAGUGAGAAAAAUAGGUUCUAUACUAAUUAAAAAGUACUUAAGAACAUUGGCUUGGAUCUAAAGAACUGCAGGUGGAGUUCUACUCAUGCAAUGAGGCUCUCCUAAUUCCUCCUCCUUCCUGUUGCAGUCUUUCAUGCACCCUCCCCAAUCCACUCCUGAGGAUCAGAGGACCCUCCAGAGUGACGUGCAGUGCCGGAUGGAAGGUUGCAACUGGCAGAGAUAAUUGGCAACACAUAUACCCUUGAGCAAGUAGAAAUGCUUUCCACUUGUUCCAAGGGUUCUUUGCAUCCAAGUCCAUAUUUUAUAUAUUUUUAAAAUCUUUAAAUUAAUAUUUUAAAAUUAUGAGGAUGUCAUUAUCAGCACUUUCAGAGCACUUCUUGUUAAAGUUAUUGUCAUCAUCUUGCUUGUAUGAGCAGGGUAAAUAAAUAAUAGCAUUUUAACUACAGACAUUGCUAGUGAUUUCUAUGAAAACAUGAAGAGCUGUGGGAGACAAUCAUUUAUGCUACAAAAUUUCAAUUGUAUGUGUUUAUUAACAAUGUGAUCCUUUCAAGGAGAUUUCUAUACUAUUUGAAAUUAAACUUUACUAAUUUAAUGUAAAUGUUUACAGCAUAAGUGAAACAUGUUUAUGGCUCAGCUGUCAGCAUAAGAAGAUGCUGUAGAAAUUAUUCACACUGGAAAACAGUAAACUAACUUCUUGCCUUUGUAAAGAGUAACCAUUGAGAUUUUUAAGCCUGGUGCUGUUUACUUAUAAAUGCUAUAAUAUAAAAUGUCUUUUUUUAUUAUUGUGGUGCAUCAGUUGUUAAGUGACAAGAAUGCUAUCAGCUUAAAUAGUGGCUAUGUGCCCUUUUAGUACAUUACAGUUUCAAACUCCUGCAUUAUAUGUGAGGCUUAAGAAGACUACUGGGGCAUAUCACAUAGUCCAGUACCAUGAUUACUGCAGAGGUUGAGGCUUAGUAUUUUUUCUAAGGUUCCCAAACUCCGGUCCAUGGACCACCAGUGGUCUGUGUGCUUCAUUCAGGUGGUCCGUGAUGUAUCUGGAUUUGUGGUUGAAGACAGGAGACAGCACAUCUAUCACAUUAGAUAUUCGUACUGAUUUUAAUUGUAUUUUUAUUAUUUUAUUUCUUAAAUAGUGUAUUUUAUUCUAUUCUAUGGAAUUCAAAUUGUAAUACAAUAAAAUACAAUAUGUAAGAAGUAAAAGAAGCAGUACAAAUAUAAUGAAAAAUCAUAGAGAAUCUAGUGCAGUGCAGUAUAAUUGGUACAACAGGCAGAAAAAUCCCUGAGUGCUCCACCAAAAGAUCCUCAGCAAUUUUCAAGUGGUCUGUGGGGGGAAAGUUUAGGAACCACUGUCCUAAAUGGUUUUACAGUUCAAUAUGCAUAUAUACUCAGAAGGAAACUCCACUGGGUUCAGUGGAACUUAAGCAUGAAUAUGAUUGCAGCCUUAGUAAUUUUCCCAGCUUCUGCUUGUCCAACAUUUUAUACACAUGGCUUUUUCCUUACAUGAACAUUAGAAUUUCAGUGUAACAUUUUAUACACAUGGCUUUUUCCUUACAUGAACAUUAGAAUUUCAGUGUAGGAAAAGGUGUGUAGUAAUUUGCAUGUAAAUCAUGUAAGUGCCCAUUUCCCAUGAUUACAUAUGUUAAGGUAUGUUUUGUUCUACUGCUUCCAAACACACACAGAUAUCUGGCAAAAUAAAUAUUACACUGAUUUUCACACAUUACAGUAUACAUGGAAAUAUAUUUCUACACAGAUCUUGCCUCUAUAUAGGAAAAUUGUGAAUGAAAAGGACCCACGGCAACCUCAUGAGAUCUAUUUGGAGUUGGGAGUACUAAGAAAUAUUUCUUGUAUCGUGGACUGUCAAAAUGCUUUCUAGGGCUGGCCUGUUUCUGCUUGUUCGCUUUUAUUUUUAAUAUGUGUUACUGUUUUCAUUGUAUUUUUCAAAUCAAAGUUGCAAAAAAAUGACUUAUUUCUCAGAUUGGCUUUUAUUUGAAAACCUGUUCCAACUAAGUUGUGUUUUCUGUCUUUCUAGUUAAGGUCUCAGGUGGCACACUGGAGGGCUUUCUGACAAAUUCAGGCACAGUUCAGUCUUGUAUCUUACCCCCAUCAUAAGGAUCUCAUUUAUAAUUAAAUUUCAGGAAGUAAUUCAAUGAUUACUCAAGCUAGCAUAGCCCCAGAGAUAAUUAAACUACACUACUAUAAAUAAUUAUUCACUUAAUAAACUCCUACUUGUCUCCAAAACAAUUAAACUUCUUCCUUUUUUAAUAUUUAAAAUACAGGAUGAGACCUAAUGUAGCACAAGCAGGUGUCCACUCACACCAUGAGCAUCUUCUCUUUUCCCCCACAUGCCCCAAAAUCUGCUUUUGAGAGUUGAGGGACCCUCUGGAGCAGAUUUUAUGAGUACACUGGGGACUGGAGGGGAGAGAAAAGAAUCUAGAAGUCCCAUUGUACAAGCAGUUUUGUGUUGAACAAGCAGGCAGACAUCUUGUCACCUACAGUUUAAUUCACCCAAGAACUGCUAUGGAGGAAUGAAACAGCAUUGUGUCUUUUCUUGAUUUACUGUUUUGCUCCUCCUUUAAUUCUAAAAUAAGUUGUGUAAAUACAGUCAAUAGAACUGUGAGCAUGGACAAAAGACCCAGAGUUAUAAACAUACUAUGAUAUUGUGGUAUAAACAUAUUAAGAUAUAAUCAAACAUUUUAGAAAAAUAUAAAGUCAAGUCUUUAAUAUUCAUUUUAAUAAAUAUGUAAUUUAAAUGAUAAAAAAUCCUAAAAUAACCUUAACACAAUUUUGAGACCCAAAAUAAUUCCAUGUAAAACUUAGAUGAGCAUAUCCUUCAAGCAAAGGCUGUUACUGAAGUAGAUGUGUUACAGAUUAUAAUAGCUUGAUCCACAAACUUUUAAAUUAAUUUUGUUCUGCUUGAUUUUGUAUCCAGCGAAAAGAUAUUUUAACUAUUGGUAUUUAAUGGUUCACAUGAAUUGUAAUUGUUAAUUUCUUAUCUGUCAAGCAGCUGUUUUGUCAUUCCCUGGUUAUUUGCUUCUGAUCUAGACCAGCUCGCAUACUAUUAAUGAAAAAUGUGUCUGUAAUUGCUUAUUGCUGCAUUAGAAGCAAAUUAUAGAUCCCACAGUUAGGAAAUCUUUAAAAGAUUUCUGGGUUUCAUACAGCCCAAGGAUAAUGACUUAAGAAACAGAUACAUAUUACAGUGGCAUGGCCAGCUGGCUUUUUGAAUGUCUAGGAAGAGAGCAUAAUGCAAUAUGAUGGCCUCUUUCAGAACUUGACUGGUUUUUAUAGUAGACAUUUGGCCAGUGAACUGCAAAUUGAGUAACCAUUACUGAGAAGGUCUAAAUAGUGUUUGUGUGGAAUUCAGCUGAGCCCCUUACAUCCAUUUCAAUGUAUAAGGGGGGACAGGAUACUGCACUGAAGUGCAUCAAAUAAAAUAAGUGCAAAGAUGAGCUGUAAGCCAUCCUUACCAUAUCUGUACAUCAUUUUCUUGGAAUAUGUUUUUUGUGCACACUGAUCAGAAAAGGGUGCAGUGACAAUCAUUAGCCCUCUUUAUAUGCACACAAGAAAUUACAUGUGCAUGGUAGAGUUUUGCUUUCUUUCCUCAAAAAGUAGCUACUGCCACCACACCACUUUUCAAUUGGGAGAAGGGGAGGCAUAAGGCAUCUUGUGAUUCCUCUAUGGGGAAGCUGCUGUUGAGGGGAGGAAAUCAAAAUACUGUUGUGCACACACAGUUCUCUGGAUUGGGACAGGUACAUUUAGGAAUGGGAUGCAAUGGGACCUACUUUCAUUAGUUUAAUCCCAUUGUGUAAUAACUGAAUCUGUUGUUAGUACACCUCAACCAUAAUGAAAUCAGUGAAUAUAUGAUUGGCAUUAGUGGCAUAAUGCAAUUUGAAAUGUUACGGUAUUUCAAACCUGUUGAAAUGAUUACUAAAGGAGGCAUUAUCAUUAAGUCAUAGUGACUCCAAGAUUGUCAUCAGUAAGCUGAAUUUGUAAUACAAGCAUUUGUAAUGCUUGUUUUGCUGAAGAUGAAAAGUAUUGGCAUUUAAAACUGUGUGGCCAUUGUCAAAUCAGACUGCAAUUAUGAGUUUAAUUGAUUUCAGAGAGCCUUGGACAUGUACAAGGGCAGCCUCAGUAGAUCAUGGGAGAGCCUCUAUGGCAAGCUAUUACAUACUGUUUCUCCCUGAUAUUAGCUUGCCCUGAGUUACAAGAGUGUUCUGGAAAUAGUUUGCUGUGAAAGGAACUUCAUACUUUUAAAAACACAUGUCUGUGAGUGUUCCUAUUUCUGCAAAACCAACUCUGAUAUAGCACUGGAGGAGGGAAGAAUAUGUCAUUCAGAGUGGGGUGUCAAAAAUGUAAUAAGGUGUGCCCAAGCUCUUAAGCACCCCUUAAGUAUCCCACCUUGGAUCCCGGCCAUAUUUUUUGUGUGUAUGAUGCUUUAUGUGCUUGUACCUAACUUUGUCCAGUAUAUUAUGUACAGUGUAAUAUAAAGUGUGUAUGUAUGUAUAUAGAAAUAUGUACAGUCAUGUAACCAUAUAUAUCAGAUUUAUAUAUGUUAACAAAAAAGAUUUAUAAAUGCAUUGCAAAUCUUGAGCUUCCUAAAUUUUAUUUCUUGCUCAAAGCUCAGUCCUGGUAUGUUCAUAUGCCUUCCCACUUUUCUCAGUCAAGUGGGCACCUGUUUCUAAACCCAGGAUGUAUUUGCACUUUGUCUUAAAUAUUGAGGAAACUAUUGAAUAGUUCCACAUCUUGUUUCUUACUACACACAAGCCCUGUUGUGAUGAAAGGAGAUUGUGCAGUGAUAGUGUUUGGUAGAUUGCAUCUGUGGACCAUAAGCAUUUCUAUAUUCUUGACACAUGCAAAGGAGGCUUUUUAAACUCCUUUGAAAGUUUUUUUUAUAGUUUUGUUUUUCAGCAUGUAAAGCUUGAUUGCUAUUUAUAAUAAUGUCUGUAUGUCCCCUGAAGUUGUUAAUGAGAACAAACAAGGCUGCUGCACAACAGAUGUGUGUAGUUUUAUAUUGACAACUAUCUUCUAUGAGUGAGGCCAAGGCAAAAUGUACUAGUAGUGUCAUAAAUGUCACUAUGUGCUAGCUAGGUAAUAUGUGGUGCUGUAUCUUCCCUGGCAAUUAUAAUACAUUUCUUUUUAGAGAGUGACCACUAAAGGGAACUUCUUGUUUAAAAAUUAGUUUUGAAUGGACAAUUGAAUUGACAUACAACACAUUUGUAACAACUAGGAAUAAUUAGUAGUGAAUUCUAUGGGAGAUUUCCAGGUAGGCUGUGGGGGGAAGGUAGCCAAUAUUCCUUACUGUGCAACCUUCCCUAAAACCUGUCUAUACAAUUAUUCUGGUUGCUUGGGCAUUUUGUCCUUUUCCUAUAGAAAAAAUAUUUGAUUUCAAAUGGCAACAUUUGGUCAAGAAUGACAGUUAAACAUGCAGUAGUCAUAUAGAAUGGGGUCCAAAAUAAUUAUGGACGUAUUUUAAGACAGACAUUUUCUUUUAAUGGAAGAGUAAUACAUUUAAGUAAACAACAAAGGGCAAGAUGCUUCCUGGUACAUAAAAUGAUCUCCAUCCACAUCUCAAGAGACAUCUGUUUCUCCUCUUCCUCCUUUUAUUGGAGGUCGCUGAUUCAUAGGGUUGCCAUAAGUCGUAAUCGACUUGAAGGCAUAUAACACACACAGAUAGGAAGCAUGCACACAAACAGCAUGCCAAGAUAUUACAGGACAUGGGAGGUCUGUGUGUGCCUGCCAUGUCACUAUUUAGUCCUUGCUGUCUUCAGAAUUCAAGUAACUUGCAAAGCAUGGAGAGGAGGUAGGGCUUGAUGGAAGACUUGCAAGGCACACUUCUCCCUUGUUCUACAAUGCCUUGGCACCCUAUCUGCAUCCUUCUACGUGCAGACUGGGGGGAAAUGGAUCUUGUGAGGAUCACUCCACAUGCAUGUAUCAUAUGGGCACUAGGAAGAAUCAUGUCCAAAGUUAGUGGUUAGAAAAUUAAGCUCACUACUUCUCUUCGCCUUCUCAACAAUCCUCUUAAUACUGACAUUACCUGAAACACCUUGUCCCUAGAAUGUAUACCUUUUACUCUAGGCAUGAUCUUUUUUAAAAGAUCAGUUUUGGUGAAAUAAGGAAUGUUGCUAGUAAAGGCAUGCAAUCUACCAGUUGCAUAGACCUGCACUUGCAAGAUUUGGGUUCUGAUUGGAAGGUCCAUAAAUGCUAAAGAUGUGGGGCACAAUCCUUGGAGAAGUCCUAUUGAAAUGAUUGGGAACUGCUCAAGAGUAAUUCUGUCCAGCCUCCUAUUUCCUGACCUGCUGCUUGAUGCAUGCAGAUUUUUAAAAAGUCUGUGGACCUUUAUGAAACGUUUUUGGUAGGAAAACUCCAUUUUUAAUUCGCAUUCAUUUAGUGUCAUGGCAGUUGGUACUCUGCUUGCUUUUAUUAAAUUUUAUAUUGAAUGGAAACAUCAUAAAAUGAUUUCCCCAUUUCAAUUGUUCCUUAAAAUAUCAUGAAGAACAAAAGUCUCCCCCCCCUGUAAUGGCGGUACUAAACUGAUUACUGAGUCCAGCCACUGAAUAACUUAAAUUAUUUUUAGAAUCAAAUAUGUUACUUUUGCUUUCUGUAUUGCAUUUUGGAGGGUAUGGGGAUGAAAAAAUAGAAGUCUUAAGAAAAGGUUGGAGGAGUUUUGAGUAGUCUGUUGACCAAAAGGCAGUAUAAUUGCUUUCAGCAUCCAUGGAAUUCAUAUGCUGAAAAGACUUCUGUAACCAGACAGCAAUUCUAAACAUAUUGUAACACCAUUGUUCCCAGUAACUUUAUAACCAAAAAACCCUGCUUAUAUUUAUCCAUUAUAUAAUUGUUGUAUUUGGAAAACCCCUUAAGCACUGAGCUCUUAUUAAAACUAACCUAUUUGCCACAAGAGGAAUUGUCUGUGAUAAUUCCCUGGAGUAUCUUUUGCAACCCUGUGCUUUUUAUUGUUUAUUAAAAUGUUGUCCGAGUAUCUUUUUUUUAAUAUGAGGUUUAAACCCUGACAAAAGAUGUUGCUUCCUCAGUUUAUUUUGUGAAAUUAGCUUUGUAAAUGUGAUAGCAUAUAAAAUAGCAUGUUCUUUUUUUAAUCUGAAUUUUAUAUCUAAUCACUGUCUUCAGUCAUGAAGAGAAAUUUGCAUUGUUGUGUGUGUAUAUAGAGUAUUGCAGUGCAUGCUUAUGCAUUUUAUUAAAUGCUGUCUAAAUGUGGCAUAUCGUUGUGGCUUAAUAUUGCUGCCUAC